AUGUACCGUAAUAGCGUAAAAGAGACCAAGUUGUUCUCGGCAUUGGAGCAACUGGUCGGCGGUGCGUACCCGGGCGGUCCCUCGACCUCCGGGGACGCCGCCACUCCUCAACAAUUACCCCCACACCAACAGUAUGACACGUAUCAACCGGACGACCCUCACGGCGUCUAUGAAGACGUCGGAGGAGACGACAACUAUCCUGACGAUCAACUUUCAGAUGGCAUGAGCAUGAGGUUGCUCUGCAUUACCAACGAAUUCAACUCGUACGUGACGGUAAAAUUGCAAAAUGUGAAGUCGACAACGGUGGCGGUUCGUGGCAAUCUACCGUGCUGGGAACAGGAAUUCAUAUUUGAAACGAAUCGACCGGACGACGGAAUGGUACUCGAGUUGUGGGCGAAAGGUGUUUUAUGGGACAAAUUGAUAGGCGUUCAUUAUAUGCCGUUGUCGGAGGUUAAGUACAGCAACGCCGCCGGCUCCGGUCAAUGGCUCCAAAUGGAUCAUGAACUCGAGACGCGUAACGGACAGACAGUAGGCACCCGCGGACCAACCGGUCAUAACUUGUUGGCUGAUGUGAGAUUCGAGCUGCCGUUUGAUGCGCAAGGCUGCGACGAGGACAUCCAGUCGAAGUUGCUCGCGCUGAACGGACUCAUCGAACACGACCAACUGGUGCCCAACAACCAUCACCGAGCGCCGUUCAAUCAUUCGGGUUUGAGUGAAGACAGUGAUUAUACCUCCGACGUGUCCGUUCCAGUCAACCAUCAUCAACUACAUCCGAACAGUUCGGCGCAUCAGUACGAAUCGCAUCUACACCCACAUCGCAGUCGACAACUGCUGCACACUCGCGAAGGCGCAGCGAGUUAUGAGGACGAAGAAGACGCCUAUCACGCGAGAAAUCAAAACGAAACCGACGUCGUUCACUAUCCAGAAGACGACACUUCCUAUCAUCAGUCCUACUACCACGACGACUACCCGAGUGGAUCCACACAAAUCAAUCAAUACUCCUCCUCCUCCGCCGGCGGCUACCAUCAUCAGGACACGGUGACGCCGGUUCGAGAGUCGUUCGGCGAGUCGGCGCCUCCGACCGUUUCAACGAGUCGUCAGGUUUACGGGUACGCCGCGUCUAGCAGUGAGGAGAGAUAUGACACGCCGAGUGGCCGAAUGCCGAGAGACGAGCCGAUUCUCGAGCAUAGUGAGCCGGAGUACGUCUACGAUCAGAAUGGAUAUCCGGACGAUGAGAAUUACGGGAUUAAUCCGACGUACUCGGAAGAGCACUUCGAUGAGCAACAACCGCAGACAAGCACGGAUUAUAGGAAUGAUUUCAAUGCUAGUUAUCAAAGAGAAUAUUGGAAUGAGAGUGAACCGCUCUCCUACAACAGUCGGCCGCCAAAUGGACACGUCCGAACCGGCACUAGCGCAUGGCGUGAACCGGGAACCUCAUCCCGUCCGACGUCCUCCCAAGCAUGGAACUACACAGAUGACACUCACCAGUAUGAUGAAGUCGAUCGGGGCUCCCGUGUAUCCUUCACACGGACACCAUCAGUAGAUCGAAAUGAACGAAGGAGUGAUAGUGGUGGCGGGUUUUAUGACGAGUUUGGUGAUGGUACCCGACGACCGGACUCUCACCACAACUGGAGGUACGACUCGAUUCAAGAGGAGGAUACGGAGAAAGACAACUGGAAGCAACAUGUGGAAGGAUAUGAGGAAGGGCAUGACGAGACCACACCCAAAGACGCCUCGCCAUCCCGUCCAAAAGACCGUAUCUCCCCGGACACCCACUAUGGUCAGAAAGAGCUUCGAUUCGACGAGCCGCCUCCACCAAUCGUUCGUCAAACAAUUCAAGAGGAGGAGGAAAAACGGAACUAUCAAGAGCUAUGGCACUCGGCGUAUAAGCGAGUCUGUGCAGAUUUGGGAAUUAAGGUUAGUUUUGGUUUAUUGGUCAGAUAA